CUGGUUUUAAUAAUGAGGAAAUAAAAUUUGAUUUCUUUUGCAGAUGAUCAGACAGACACUACUGUAGUGGGAUCCAACUGGGCUGUUGUUGUUUCUUUUGCAGAUGAUAAACACCGAAGCAUUGGGUCUUCUGCUAUGCACGAUGUUGGUCGUGACCGGAGCGGCGACGCCCCUAGUUUGCUACCUAUAGAUCCAUCAACCAGGUACUUGGGUUACCGGACGAAUUCCAUUAUCGACUCGGAUCCACACAGUGAGCUCCAUGUGAUGGUGUGUGUCCACGACGAAGAAAAUGUACUGGCAAUCAUAAAUCUCCUUGAAAUCUCCUGCCCAGGGCAAAAUAGUCCCAUUGCCGUGUCUGUCCUUACCCUGUCAGAGCUCAAAGGCAGGGCUGACGCCCUGUUGUUGUCGGGUGGGAAAGGCUGUAGGGGUCCUGAUUGACCGCGGAAAAGUUUCUUAAUACACGUCUCUUCACCUGGGAUACAACAUGUUUCGCGUCACGGCCCUCUUCUUUGGAGGGGCAGGUGAUCGCGAGGCCCUGGCGUACAGCUCCCGGAUGGCGGACCACCCAGGGGUUGACUUCUCCUUAGUGUGGAUUUGGAACUUGAGGGACAAGAAACUAGGAGAGCCCGAAAAGUCGAAGGACCUUGAGAUGGUCCACAAAUUCUAAGCCAUGAAAGACCGAAUCGGGUUCAAGGAAGAGGUGGUGAUAGACACGGUGGACACAACGAGAGUGCUUCGCUCGCUGAGGGGUAAUUGUGACCUUUCCAUUGUGGGGAGAUACCACAACCCAACUUCGGAGGUGACACUCGGCAUUACAGAGUGGUCCGAGUGCCCGGAACUCGGAGUGAUCGGAGACAUGUUGGGG